CAUUACUAUUCAAGACAAUUAAGCCUGCAAGGUUUUAAAAAUGGUCUUAGAAAACUUUGUUCAUCCCACAUUUUAUAGAUCUUGAGCUAUUGCAGAGGUCUCCGGAUUUUAAAAUUUAGUAAUUUCUUUGCUGCAUGCUAAUAAAAUCUGAAGAAAGAUAGAGUUUGAGACUUGAGAAAGUACAAAAAAAUGAAUAAGACCCUAGAAAACAAAUAAAGAUAAGAUGAAAAUAAAAAAUUAAGACGUUGAGAAAAUACGAAUUGUUUUCCUCCAUAUUUUCAAUUUGAUUUACAGGAAGAUGUAGACAGUUUUAUGCAGAAACCCCAGAAUGAGUCUGCUGAGAUUGUGUUGAAGAGAUUAGAAGAACAGCAUCAGAAGUAUAAAUUCAUGGAAAUGAAUUUAUUGCAGAAAAAGAGAAGAUUAAAGGGCCAGAUUCCUGAUAUUAGAACAACUUUAGACAUUGUCAAACAUUUACAAAGUAAACAGGGUUCUGAAGAUGAGUUAAAGACACAGUUUCUUUUAUCAGACCAAGUAUAUGCCAAGGCUACUAUUCUUCCUACCAAGAAAGUUUGUCUGUGGCUAGGGGCUAAUGUGAUGCUGGAGUACGAACUGUCCGAUGCCGAGGCUCUCCUCUCCAAGAACCUGAAAGCAGCAACAGAGAGCCAGACUCAGGUUGACAAGGACCUGGACUUCCUCAGGGACCAGUACACCACCACUGAAGUCAACAUGGCACGUGUCUUUAACUGGGAUGUGAAACGGCGGCAGGCAGCAGCGGGGAAAGGAUCGUCAUAGCAAGAGGACUGAAUCAGCAUCAGCAAUAUUAUUCCUUUCGUCGCAUGAGAGUAGCCAUUUUUUUUUUAAAUAGAAGUGGAUGUAUCGUACAAGUUGCAGAUUUGAAUCAAAUACAAAGGACUGAAAGAACUAGUAUAUAUGUAUUUCAUUGAAACAAUGAAUCACAAGCAUUUUUCAUGCAUUGUCAGUCAACAGAAGGAUUUAAUUUGACCCUUUAUUGGUCUUCGUUAUUUUUUAAUGGAUCCAACUGAAAGCGAGGAUUAGUUCACCUAUGACAAGUAGUCAAGUACAGAUAUUAUUUCUAGUAGACCAUUCCAUGAAAGUUGUCGGCACAGAUAAGUUGCCAAAAUAAUGAUCCAACAUCGGAGCUUUUCAGCCAAUCAAGCAAAGGGAAGUUAUCAGAUCUGGGGCCCGUUGCAGAAAGAGUUGCGUUUCAACGCAAGCAAAAAAAAAUCAAUCGCAAGUCCCAAAUGCGGGCUGUUGAUUGGUUGAAAAUCAAGUUACGCAUGAUUUUCAGAGUUGCGAUUGAUUGCAACUCUUUCUGCAACGGGCCCCUGACAACUUGUCUGAUGUCAAAUACCUCCCACUAUGAUUAAGUUGCUAGGUCAGGCAUUCCAUCAUAUUUGUCUGACCUAACAAGUUGUCAUUAUUAAACUUUCAUUAUCAUGGGAAAAAAAUGAUUUUAUAGGUAUCCUGUAUUCCAGGCACUUUAAACCUGCAUCACACUGUGCAAUUGACUGCAACUGAAUUUAAUUUUUUUAAUUCAAUUGUAUUUGGACAAGAACCAGAAUGGUCAACCAGAGAGAGAGAGAGAGCGAGCAAGCCAAAUCGCAUACCAUUCCCAGGCCAGCUAUGAUCGGCGUCACUGCGAUUCGCUGCCUUUUUGCCGUUGUCUAGAACUUGAUAGGCUAUAUUGUAAAGUGCAAUCUCGAUAUACCAAUUCAUACAGUAAUUCAGUAUAUUAAGUUGAACAAAUUUAUCGCGUGAAUAUUUAUAAAACAUCUUAUCGCAAUUUUCUUUUCAAAAUUCAUUUGCAGUCAGUUCCAUAGUGUGGUGGGCUUUACUAGGACAGGUGAAAUUAAAUAUUAAAUGGUUUAUUCAUCUCUCACAGCAAUCCUUUUAAAUAUUAUUCAAACAUAUUUUUAAAAAAAUCUUUGAUAUUGGUUUAAAGCACAUUUCCUUCUUUCAAUUAGUGUGCUACAUCCCAUGAAAUACAGGAAUUUAUAGGGCGAUUUGUUGUCGGAACUGAUUAACUAAAACACUGUCUUAAAAUGUAUUUUAUGAUUCUACACAUGCUGUGAGGCAACUGACAGUUUGUUACUUGCAUUCUAAACUUUAUGCCUCAAGCUAAAUUCACAUGCACCUCUCAACGUGUAAUGAGUUCAGGGCCCCGUCUUACAAAGCGUUACGAUUGAUCCAAUCAAUCGUAACUCUAUGGAAAUACAUCAAUGUCAUAACUUUUUCUAUAGGAAAUUUGCACAAUGUCCUUUGUAAACAAAGAGAAGCACACUGAAUUUUCAAGAAAAUUUUCAAGAAAACAUGCAUGAAUAUACAUCAUAGUUGGAAAAUAUUUUGAACCAUAAAUAAUACAUGUUGACGUUGCUGGCCGUCCAUAGUUGCGAUUUAUUGGAUCAAUCGUAACUCUUUGUAAGGAGGGGCCCAGAUUGGAACAGCUAAAAUUGAAAAAAAAUAAAAAAUCAAAACAUUUGUAUGUUUUUGCUUCCUGUCUAUUCAUGAGUGACUUUUUAUAUUUUCCUAGUGUGGGCAAAACUUGCCCAAAUUAUAUUGUACAGAUGAAUUUUCUUUGUCCCUUGUAUAUUCAGAACAGUACUAGGGGUUCAAGAAGAUAAUCCCUAUUUAAUAGCAACUGUAUGGAGCAGUAAAUUGCCACUUGGUCCACACCUACUUUGUGUUUGGUCUCAUCCAACACGCUGUAAUCCUAGUUCAUCUCUGUACAACCAGUUUGUCUACCAACCAUUUGGUCAAAUUGCCACUUAGGCCAAUUACUGAUUUGUCUAAUUGUCUCAUUUCUGGUCAGGCUAUUCCCACUUUGUCAACUUUGUCUACUUGGUCAGACACCAAUCAGUUUACGUGACUAUAUAUUCAUUUCAUCAGGUGUGAAAACGUAAGUAGACAUAAUGGGAAGUCGAACAUCUGUACCUAAGACUAACGAUAGACCAACUGGCAAUUGGACCAAAGUGAUAGUAGACCAAGUGGAUUUAGCCAUGAUGGUAUUAAAUGAUCCGAGAAUUGGACCAUCUGCGAAUAUACCAAGUGAAUAUAGACCUGUGAGUUCUGACCAGACAUGAUGACCACACACGUGCAAGAUAUAGUGUAUAUGUUGGAAGAUUCCAGCAGGAUUCGCAAUGGUUUAUUUCCAAUUGGUCUAACGCCAAUUCGUCUUAUUACCUAUUUGUCUACUAUCAUUGGUCUAUCAUCAAUUCGUCCACUAUCUACAUGGUCUAAUUGCCAUUUCGUCCACUCACCUUUUCGUUGGUCCAAUAGCCUUUUAGUCCAUAAACCAUUUGGUCUACUUUGAUGGUAAUUGGGUGAAAUGAAUGAAAAGAAAAUGGGUAUUAGACCAACUGGUUAUUAGACGAAAUGGUCAUAAGACGAACUGGUGAUAAGACAAAGUGAUUAUUGGACCAAAUGGUUGUUUGAUGGACGGAAUGACAUUGGACUAAAUGAAGGUAGACCAUGUGACGAGUUGGCAAUAGACGAAUCGGCAGUUUACCUUUGCAAUUUUGUAUAUGAAAUAGAAUUCUGGAUUUUCAAGAUAAUGUUACGAAUCCACCCCCACUCUUCUUCUGCAAUCAGGAAACGAACUCAAGUUACUUGUUGAAUUUAUGUUUAGUUGUCAUUAAUAUUCACAAGCGAUGACAUCAUCACAUUUGGUGUUACUGCACCUCAAGUCCCUGCUGUAUUUGCUACUUAUUGACACUUUGUAUUGUCAAGCAUUGCAUACAUGUGUAUGUCAUGCAUUGUAAAUUGUGUUUUUUUCUUAUGUUUCAAUUAAAUAUGCAGUGUAUUAAUAACUAAAUGAAA